AUGGCAGUGGUACCCGAUCGUCGACUGGCCUUGAGCUCUCGACUCGACAAUCUUGAAAAGAACCGAUCCAUUCUCGAAAGGACCAUCCAACAACUCUCCAGCAGCAACGUCACCGCGGUUCAAGUGAAAUUGGAACAUAACGGAAGUUUGGAGACAGCUAACUCGACACCAGAUAUUAAUGGGAGUCCAGAACCAGACGAUACCCAUGAACAGCAGGAAAAUAAUACAGAGACAGAAUCAGAGGAUACCAAUGCGGAAAACUCCGAGGGAGGUGACGUUGGUUCAGAUGGACGCCCUCUGACACGAUCUGCUAGUCGUGCGGCUGCCGCCGCUGUAAGAUCUAAGCUCUUGAAACGCUCCCCUUCGCUUACCCCAUCGAAGAAAUUAAAUCUCCGCGGUUUCGGCAGCUCUGCUCCCUCACCUUCCUCUAUCUGUAUCGAUUUAACGGAGGAUCCAUCUCUAUGUGGUAACAACAAUAAUGCUGUUGCGGUUGAAGAGACCUCUGAGGGAGUUACUACGAGGAGAAAAAGUUUGGUAGUGAAAGAACAGGCUCCUCUUGCGAAAUAUCCCACACGUUCAUCAACCCGUCGAGAUACCAUUGCCUCUCAUUCUCUAGCCACCACGAAUCGAGUCGUCAAAGAAGAAGAGGGAACUUCACCGAAUAUUAAUUCCUCUGCCUCAUCGUCAAUGACUACAGCCUUCUUAACUACUGAGAAUUUGAGUCUUCUUCUUGCUAGUAUCGAGGCGCAGGCUAGAGCCUGUUCUUCAGCAUUGGCAGAAGAAGAAGCGAGACGACAGUCUUAUCGGGUGGAUGCUGCUCGACGAAUCCACAACUAUGAGCCCUUCAUCCGAGCAUUCUUAAAACAACUAAAAGAGCAUGGGAUGUUACAGAAACUGGUUGGUGAAGCUAACGCGAUUGGUAACAGCGGCAGUUCUAAUGGAAGACAGCUGAGAAAGAGACGACGUAUUAUUAAUUCUUCUGGGAAAUCGGCACAAAAGUCGACAAAUUGGUCGGCUUCAUCUGCGUCUGGGUCAACAUCCACAACAUCGUCCAUAAUGUCCACUGGAAAUGCGGGAGAUGGGAUAUCUGCGGCUGGAAGGGCAGUAAAGAGAGCUCGUCUGACUGCUGUCUCUGCAAAUAAUCGACCCUCUACGAGAAUGUCGACAAUGGGCAGUUCUAGAGUAUCCACAUCCCCCUCUUCCACUAGUCGCCGAAGAACGCCAAGGAGACCUCUGUGA